GGACCUGUGAUUCAGAGAGCGGGGACCUGCGAGAGUCUGCUGGUGCCCCACAUUCGGACUCGAGAUGACAGCCAGCAAGCGAGUAGCGAAGUUCCUCUAAGUCAGGUGACUUACUAGCAGGCUUUGGGAGGAGCUGUGUGCCCCAGCUUGGAUUUCAGCAAUUAUGGGAAAGGCAUGGCAGAAUUCACCAAAACACAUGAGAUCAAAGUAUUCCCAGUGGAGUUGGAGGAUCUUUUGGAACAACUUCCACCGUACGUGCGGGACCUGUCUGGCGAUGAUGACAAUGUGCUGGUGUGGAACAUGCUCCUGCUGCCUGACCAACCUCCCUAUAACCUCAAGGCUUUCCGUCUACGGAUUGAUUUCCCCAGGGAGUAUCCAUUAAAGCCUCCCACUUUGAAAUUCAUCACCAAGAUCUACCACCCCAACGUCAGCGAGGAUGGGCUGGUGUGUCUGCCCCUCAUCAGCAUCGGGAACUGGAAGCCUUACACCAAGACCUACCAAGUCUUGGAGGCCCUCAUUGUGCUGGUGGGUAAACCCAAUCUAGAAGAGCCUGUGAGGCUGGAACUUGCCGAGCUCCUGACUCAGAACCCAGAGAUGUUCAAGAGAAAUGCAGAAGACUUCACCCUUCAGUUUGGAGAGGACCGACCCUCUUAGUUCUCCUUCUCAGGCCUCUCUGCCUAGAUCUGCUUAGUGUGUACCAGGACUGGCACCAGAGGCCUUUGGAGGCCUAUCCUCUGAUCACAUUUUCCUUCGUGGCUGCUAAUUAUGAGUAAAUGUGCCUAGUGUGUGUGUGUGUGGGGGGGGGCCUGUGUGGUGUGUGCUCCUUCCCCAAGUCAUUUGGUGGUAGAGGUGCCAUUCCCACAUGCUUGGCCGCUCCCAACGCCAGUGCAAGUUAGGUCCGCACAGUUUUGGGCCUGCUUUCCCGUUCUCCAUCUGGCGGAAAACUGAAUGCCUCAGGGCCCAGGCACCAAGGAGGAAGGAAAACAGGACUAUGGCUAGAAGGCUGGGCAGACAGAAGGAGCCAAAUUCACUGCUGAGUGAUUGGAAUCAGCCAUACUUGUUAUAAGCAUGCCCCGACUUAAGUGUUAAUCAUUUUGUGUUUGUGGUGAUGAAUCUCAAAAUGAAGAAUUUAAACUCCAUCCAGGAAUCAGACUUCAGGGUUCUAGAUGGCUUGCUCUCUGACUGGCUAUGUUUCUGGGGGCUAGGCCUCAAGAAGGGGUUUGUUUACCUCUAACCUCUAGUCCAGGGACUCCACAAAAUGUGUGUGCUUGUCUGCCAUUGACUUCACAGAUGAAUCCCAGAGU